CACAUACCACACCAUUCAGCUACUUGAAGUGUACAAUUUUAUACAUUUAAUAUAUUCACAGGCUUGUGAAACCAUCACCACAGUCAACUUUAGAACAUUUUCAUCACCCUAAAGAGAAACCCUAUUCCCAUCAGCAGUCACUCCCCAUUUCCUGUAACUGCCCCAGCCAUGGUGAACCACUUACCUACCUUCUGUCUCUAUUAAUUUGCCCCUCUGGACAUUUUGUAGAACUAGAAUCACACAAUAUGUGGUCUUCUGUGACCAGCUUCUUUGAAUUACUAUAAUGUUUUCACUGUGAUUCACAUAGAUUCAUCCAUGUUGUAGCAUGUGUCGGAAGUUUCUUCUUUUUUUUUUUUGUGGUACGUUGGCCUCUCACUGUUGUGGCCUCUCCUGUUGCGGGAUGCGCCAGCUCAGUGGCCAUGGCUCAUGGGCCCAGCCGCUCCGCGGUAUGUGGGAUCUUCCUGGACCGGAGCACGAAUCUGUGUCCCCUGCAUCAGCAGGCGAACUCUCAACCACUGCGCCACCAGGGAAGCCCUCUUCUUUUUUAAGGCUGAAUAACAUUCCAUUGUAUGGAUAUACCAUGUUUUAUUUAUCCAUUCAUCAGUUGAUGGACAUUUGAGUUGUUUCUGCUUCUUAGCUAUUAUGAAUAAUGCUGACAGGAGCAUUUGUGUACAGGUUUUUGGGUAGACAUAUAUUUUUGUUUCUCUUAGGUAUACAUUUAGGAGUGGAAUUGCCAGGUCAUAUGGUAACUCGUUUGAGGAACUGUCAGAUUGUUUACCAAAAUGUCUGUACCAUUUUACAUUCCCAACAGCCACAUGUGAGGGUUCCAAUUUCUCCACAUUUUCACCAAUGCCUGUUAUUAUCUUUCCUUUUUAUUAUAGCCAUCCUAGUGGGUAUGAAGUGGGUCUUGUGGUUUUGAUUUGCAUUUCCCUGUUGACUUAUGAUAUUGAGGGUCUUUUCACAUACUUACUGGCCAUUUGUAUGUCUUCUUUGGAGAAACGUCAGUUCAGAUUCUUUGCCCACUUUUUAAUUGAGCUUUUGGUCUUUGUAACCUAAUUUUUAUACUGACAUGAUAUUUUGAAUAUUUUCAUUCCCUUAACAGUUUCUCAAACUUAGCAUUUAAUGACUUUAAUAUUUCAUUACAUGGACACAUCAGCUGUUGCUGAGUUUAGAAUGCUGAACACGCCUGCUCUCCAUGCUGUACCAAUUCUAUAUCUUGAUCAACUUCACUUCUUCCAAUUUCUCAGGCCAUAUGGGAACUUAGGGCUUUGUAACUUCAGGGGUAGUGACGUUUGGGAAUGUGGCAACAGUCUCUAGUGAUAACUGUACUGUCUCAGAAGAACUUGUAUAAGGAUGUGAUACUGAAAAAUCAUAGAAGCAGAGUCUUUAUGAUCAAAUCUUUAAAUUCAAAAUGUGAUCUCUGGGGCUUUUUUCUUCCCUUAAUGUGACCCUCUAGGGAGGUUGAAGUGUUUGAAUUUCUGAGGGAUUUGAGAUUUAAGUGACUGUUCUACUCUAUUUUCCUUGAGGCACCAUCAUCCUGGUUCCUUGAAUGGCUUUCCUUUGGCCUUUCUUAUGUGGGACUUCCCUGCCCCUACACCACAGGACUGUGUCUGGAUUUGUUGAGAGCUGCAGCAUGCCUAAGUUCUAUUUCUUUUAUGUGCAGGUUUUUCUGUUUCCAAGCCAGGUGUAAUUCCUGAAUUGGAACAAGGAGUCCAGGCCUAGUAGGUGGAGAGUGUAGUGACAAGAGGAUUUGUCCAGCUCUGGCUUCUCUGGACUCAGCUUCUGAGGAUGAUUGGCAGUUCUAAAACCAUGGGCCGGGUGCCACUGACAUUCAGUGAUGUUGCCAUAGACUUCUCUCAGGAAGAGUGGGAAUGCCUAAACUCAGAUCAGAGGAACUUGUACAGAGAUGUGAUGUUGGAGAAUUAUACUAACUUGAUAUCACUGGACAUUGAUUUCACAAGUGAGAGCAACAAAUUAUCUUCAGAAAAAAGCAGUUAUGAAGUAAAUUCAUACCAUCGGGAGACAAUGAAUAGAAGUAAAACCUUCAACGUUAUGGCGUUUAUUUUCAGAAAUGACUCACAGAACAGAACUAAAUUUGAAAGACAACAGAAACCUAAAAUGGGAUAUUUUAAUCACAUGAUAUUCAGGAAACAUAUAUCCCUUCCUCUACAUCAAAGACUUCACACUAAAGAGAAGUCAUAUGAAUGUAAGGAAUGUAGAAAGGGCUUUAGGAAAUAUUCACACCUUAUUGAACAUCUGAGAGACCAUAGUGGUGUAAGACCCUAUGAAUGUAAGGAAUGUGGAAAGGUCUUUAUAGUUCUCCAGGAUUUUAUUAGACAUAAAAAAAGUCACACUGAUUUGAAACCCUUUGAAUGUAAUGGAUGUGAGAAGGCCUUUAGGUUUUAUUCCCAGCUUAUUCAACAUCAAAUAAUUCACACUGGUGUGAAACCCUAUGAAUGUAAGCAAUGUGGGAAGGCCUUUAGACGUCAUUCUCACCUUACUGAACAUCAGAAAAUUCAUAUUGGUUUGAAACCCUACAAAUGUAAGGAAUGUGGGGAAACUUUUAGGUUGUACCGACAUAUGUGUCUCCAUCAGAAAAUUCAUCAUGGUGUGAAACCCUAUAUUUGUAAGGAAUGUGGAAGGGCCUUUGGUCAUCGUUCAAGUCUCUAUCAGCAUAAGAAAAUUCAUUCUGGUGAGAAACCAUAUAAAUGUAAACAAUGUGGAAAGGCCUUUGUUCGCAGUUAUCUACUUAUUGAACAUCAGAGAAGUCAUACUGGUGAGAAGCCUCAUGAAUGUAAGGAAUGUGGAAAAGCCUUUAGUAGGGGCUCAAGCCUUCUUAAACAUAAGAGAAUUCAUAGUAGCGAGAAACUCUAUGAUUGUAAGGAAUGUGGAAAGGCCUUCUGUAGAGGCUCUCAACUUACACAGCAUCAGAGAAUUCAUACUGGCGAGAAGCCCCAUGAAUGCAAAGAAUGUGGGAAGACUUUUAAGCUCCACUCUUACCUUAUUCAACAUCAGAUCAUUCACAGUGAUUUGAAACCAUAUGAAUGUAAACAAUGUGGGAAAGCCUUCAGUCGUGUUGGAGACCUUAAAACACAUCAGUCAAUUCAUGCCGGGGAGAAACCUUAUGAAUGUAAGGAAUGUGGAAAAACCUUUAGACUUAAUUCUCAACUAAUUUAUCAUCAGACAAUCCAUACUGGUUUGAAACCAUAUAUAUGUAAAGAAUGUAAGAAGGCCUUCCGUUCUAUCUCAGGUCUUUCUCAACAUAAGAGAAUUCAUACUGGUGAAAAACCUUAUGAAUGUAAAGAAUGUGGUAAGGCCUUUAAUCGUAGCGAUCGACUUGCUCAACAUCAGAGAAUUCAUACUGGUGUGAAGCCACAUAAAUGUAAGGAAUGUGGGAAAGCCUUUACUCGUUGCUAUCAACUAACUCAACAUCAAAGAUUUCACAUUGGCGAGAAAGUCUUAAUGUAAUGAGAGUCAGAAAGCCUUUAGCCAUGACACAUCCUUUAACAUUUAUCACUAUUCUACCACCUAACGAUACGGUAAAGAUUAAAUUAUUUAACAUAAAAUAUGAUUGUUUGGAAGGGCAUCUGGCACAGAGUAUUUGCUUACUAAAUCUUGUAUCAUUCUUUAAUGAUAAUUACUAGUAUUACUAUAAAUAAAUUCAUGUGGAAGGAAGACCCUGUGAGCAUAUUUUAAAAAUCUAUCAUCACUCAUCCAUAUUUCAUUUCAGAUAAUUAAUUCUGGACAAAAUCCCAUAGAAUGUUUUAAACAAGAAACUUUUUUAUUCAAAGCUCAUCCCCCUGAAGAUUAAUAAUGGUAAGAAACCCUAUGCUUUUGAAUAUUCAGAAUAUAGCUGUUGAAAAAUUGGAAAGUGGUUUGAAGAAAUUUUUUUAUAAUAAUUUCUAUAAUACAGAUAACAUACAAUCCACAUUCCCUACAACUCAUGGAAAUUAGAGAUUAACAAUGGGUAGCCAAAAGACAGAUGUUGACUUGGAGAAGGUUUCCUCAAGUAUUUGAAAAAUGUUAAAUUUACAUAAAAGGUACAACAAUGGUACAAUGAAGGUUUAUUUACCCUCCACCUAUAUUUAGUAUCUCUCUCUCAUGAAAAUGUAUAUAUACAGAUUCACAUAUAUUAUAGAUUUUAUAUAUAUAUAAUUUUGCUGUGCCUUCUGAGUGAAUGUUUUAGGUAUCACUUCACCUCUAAAAAAAAUCAACAUACAACUCAAAAAUACAACUGCUAGAUUUAAAGAUUAUCUUCUACAUGACCACUAAGCCACUGUCACCUAAAAAACAAAAGUAGACCUAUAAUAUUCUGUAAUAUUCAUCCCAUUUACAGAAUUCUCCAAUUUUUUAAAGAAUGUCUUUUGAAAGUGCUGGCUUUUUUUUUUUUAAGCCUAAAACCAAACUAAGGUCACAUAUUUUAUAUGAUUAUGGCUAUUGAAUCUCUUUUGGUCAAACACUUAUCCUCUACCUGUUUUGUGACAAACUUUUUGAAGACUCAGGAGAAGUAACCAUAUAAUGUUGCACAUUCUGUAUUUGUACUAAUUUUUCUCUGAGUGGGCUUGUUUCUCUAUCCCUCGCAUUUAUUCUGAACUGGAUGUUAUGUCUAGAGGCUUGAUUAGGUUUCAGAUUAAACAUUUUUGACAUGAUAACUUCAUAGAUAAUAUUGUGUACUCAAUAUUGUAAAAUAACAGGUGGCACAUAGUGAAGCUAUGUUUGAUCUCUUGAUUCAUGUAUUGACCACCAGCUCUCUCCAUUGUAUCAGUACUAGUUUUUUGGGGAUUUUUUUGUUUUUUGCAAUUAAGAAGUAGCCCACAGAAAGUCACAUCACCAUUCCACUUGGAAAUUUAAACAGUCUUGAGUAUUUUUAAAGAAAUUAAGACCAAAAAAAACACCAUCGUCUUUCAUAUUUACCCACAUAUUUACCUUUUCACAUGAUCUUCAUUCCUUCCCAAUGAUCUAAAUUUCUAUCUGGUAUCAUUUCCCUUCAGCUUGAAGAACUUAAUUUAGCACUUCUUGGAGUAUAUGUCUGCUGGUGGUGAAUUUUCAUUGUUUCUUUUACUGAAAUGCUUUGUUCCUGAAGGAUUUUUUUUUCUUGCUAUAGAAUCCUGGGUUUUGUUUUAUAUAUUUUUAAAAAAGAUAUUAUAUCACUGACUGCUGGCCUCUAUAGGUUAUGAGAAGUCAUUUGAAUUAUUUUUCCUCUGUGUGUAAUGUGUCAUUUCCCUCUUUGUGCUUUCAAGAUUUUCUUAUUACCUUUAGUUUUCAGCUGUUUGAGCAUGAUGUCCCUUGGUAUAGUUUUCUUUGUGUUAAUCCUUUUGGGGGUUCUCUGAGCCUCUGAAAUCUGUACACUUAUGCCUUUCACUAAAUUUCAGAAAACUUUGGCCAUUAUAUCUUCAGAUAUUUUUUCUGCCCUUACUUCUCCUUCUGGGGUUCCAAGUAGUCAUAUGUUAAAUCUUUUAAUAUUGUCCUACAGGUCACUGGCUCUGUUAUUUAUCUUCAGUCUUUUUUUUUUUUUUCAGUUUUUCAGAUUGGAUAAUUUCUAUUGCUCACUUACUCUUUUUUCUGUCCUCUCAAUUCUGCUGUUAAGCUUAUCUAUCAAAUGUUUAUUUUCAGAUAUUGCAUUUUUCAAUUCUAGAAUUUUUCUUUAGUACUUUUUUAUAGUUUCUGUUUCUUUACUAAGAUUUCCUACUUCUUCAUUGCAAGCAUAUUUUUACAGUACUUUUGAUUACAGUGAAUUUUUUCUAUGUUGAUUCAUCUAGAAAAUAUGUAAAAUUAUUUUCAUUAACUUAUUAAAAGUUUCAGUUUCAACAAAUUUUCCUACCCUUUUAGCUAGGUCACAAGAAACGCUUUUCCUUUCCUUAGAGUUUCAGGUUUUGUUUGUUCAUAUGCAGCAUGAUAUGGUAAGAAAACAUAAAUCACAUUGUCAUUUGGGGAGAUUUUGAUUAUGAAAUACUUGGCAAGUAUUUCUCUUAAGUCUCAAAGUUCAAAGUAUGGUAAAUCUUUGUAAAACUCUGUCAUCAUUCAACCAAUGCGCAUUGGCAAAAAACAUAAAUAAAUUCAUUGUUUCCUCUUUCAACAGUUCCAUAAAGUAAUAAUGAUUCAUAAUAUUUAUGUGUAUAUUCUAAACCAUUACUUUUCAUACUGUGAAGAAAGCAAUUAGGAAGACAUUAGUCUCUUGCCUUAAAAUUCCAAGGAAUCCACAUUUUUAGUGUAACAUUGUCGGAGCACUAUCCAUUGUGAUAGAAAUUAUUUUUUUUCAUACCUAGUGGGAAUUGUUUUUUGACAUAUAUAAAAAAUUCAAAAAUAUCUGUGCUAUGAAUCUGAUUUUUUAGGCUGCAAAUUCACAAAAUUUCCUUUUGAUUUGGAAGCCUUUUGUGAUACAAUGUACCCAGAGUAUUAAAUGGGCAGUAUCUCAUAUUGUACAACUCAUCUGAAACUAAAGAAGAAUAUGUGUAGCUUUACAAAUUUUAAGUUAAUUGAUUUUUGAUAUUGUUAGAAAGAACUUGUAUUCUAAGGGCAGUUGUUGGGUGGCUUAAUUGAAGAUUCUUUUCACUUUUUAUAAAAUAUAAUUUUUAGUCUUUGCUCAUAAAAUCAUAAUAAAAUUUCCACAAUUAAACUAAUCAUUUAUCUUGCUAUCUCUCCAUCUAAAAGUUGAUUCCUUUUUUUGGGCAAGACCCAAAGCCAUUUUAUAGCUAGACAGAGUUAUAAGCUCAGAUUAUGUUUAAAAUUUAUUUAAAGUUUUCAUUGCACACUUAAUUCAGAUUUUAGGCAACUAAUUUCAUCUAUUCCUAUUUGCUUAUCAAGAGGAAAUUUCUCAUCAAAUUUACUAGUAUUUGCUGAAAAUGUCUCACAAUAUUUUCCACUUCAUUAACUUAAAUGUUCUUUUUUUCCAUAAUCAAACAGCUUUUUUGAUUUGCUCUGUCACAGCAAAUUGCAAUUGUCAUUCAUCAUGAAAUUCACAGUAUAUCUUCUUCCAGUCUCUUAUUUUUAACUAUUCUGGCCAUAGUACUUAAUCCACUUGAUUCUGCAUCAGUAGUAUGCUUUCAUUUAAAAUUUUUUAAAUGUACACACUUAUUUUUUAAAACUAGAAUGCUAAUUUAAAUUAAAGUAAGUUACCAAUUAUUUCCUUCAUAUCAGUGUAACUCAUGUUGUCUUCAUAAAAUAUUCAA